AUGAGCCUCCUGAUCAACCUGGCGUUUGUGGCUUUAUGGUUCCGGCUUUUGUCGAUCCUGACCACCACGAGAGUUGCGGAAUUUCUGUGGCAGGUCCUGUCCAAAGUAUCUACGGACGAAAAGGUUCUGGAGUUGCGGGCAACUCGGAGCCGACUGGUUGAGGUCCGUCAAGAGCGCACAGAAACAUCGUCUAAGGACGAGUUUGCAAAGUGGGCCAAGCUCGACCGCGAAUACAACAAACUCAAAGCUCGCAUGGACCUGUUGAACGCCGACGUCGGCCGCUCAAGAGCGUCUCUCCAGAACUACGUUCGCACUGCCAGAUGGCUUCUUUCAUCCGGCCUGAAACUAUAUUUGCUGUGGAAGUACUCCUCCCGCCCGGUCGUUUGGCUUCCGAGAAACGUGCUCCCCCGUUUUGUCGAAUGGGUGCUGUCGUUCCCCAGGGCGCCCAUGGGAUCUAUUUCGGCAAGCUGGUGGUUGACCAUCGUCGAUCAUGGGCUGUCGGCGGUGACCGAGCUGAUCAAGUGA